AUGGCUAAACGAAAUAGACCUUUAUCAUUAUUUGUUUCAGUUUUAUGGGUAUUUACAGUUGCAAUUAAUCUUGUUAUGUUUACGAUAUUAAUUCUUUAUUAUUAUGUAGUUUUUCCACAAUUACAUAUAUUUCUCAUUCGUUCUCUUCAUCAAUCACCAUCAAUAACAAGAAAUUUACUCGAUUUUCUUCAAACAAAAUAUACAUGUUGUGGUAUUAAUAAUAAAGAUGAUUACAAUAAUCUUUUACUUGAUUCAUUGCCUUCAUCAUGUUGUCGUGUAUCAAAUUGCUGGCGUGAUACUGGUAUUAACAAUAAUACUGGUUUAAAUACUACAAUGUCAUUGAUGCAUACUGAUGGUUGUUAUCCAAUUGUUAAUAAAUAUAUUACUUUUGAAUGUUUGGUAAUUGGUGGUAUUACAGGUCUUUGUGCUCUUUUACAAAUAUUAGCAAUUACAUUUAUGUGUAUUUUAAAUCAACGUUAUCAAAAAUCUGAUGAUAAUCAAAAAUUUGUGAUUAGUCACAUAGGUAUUGAUUCAUCAUUCAAUGAAAAUAUUAAUAAUAAUAACAAUAAUAAUAUACAAGGUUCAUCGAAUACAAUUGAAGAAAUAGUUGAAGUAACUCAAAUUUGA